CGACACCCUACUCGGAGCUGAGCGAAUGUUUACAAAAUUAAAUUAAAUUUUGUAAACAUUAAAAUGGCAAGCUUGCUGUGGAGAAAUAUGUAUGGCCAGGGUAGAUGUCUUGCAAGAGGUAUUCUACCACAGCACCAUCUUGAAUCACGUUCCCUUUGGGGGAUGUUGAAUGCUGUCUUUAAUCAGGUAGAUCGAUCCAGGAUCAAAGAAGUAGGACCGGACAGAGCCGCCGCAGAGUGGUUAUUGAGAUGCGGAGCUUCUGUGAAGUUCAGAGAUUUUGAGAGAUGGACAGUGGACUACAACCUCUUACCGACUGGAGGCAGAGACAGGCUCAAGAUUGUGGAAGUGGAUGCCACAGAUUCAUCCAUCAUGCACAUUGGUUUUGAACACUUCCAGGGAGUGGAGCACCUACUAUAUGUGAAGCUUCACCACUGCACCUACCUACAGGACAUGUGCGUCUCCAAGCUAGUCUAUCUCAAAGACUCCCUUGAAGAACUCCAGAUAAGCAGCUGUGGUGAUGUCACAGAUAAGGGGCUAGCAACACUUCAUCACCUUCAUAAACUAGAGAAGCUAUUCCUAUGUGACCUUCCAGCUGUGAAAGACAUGGAGGGAGUAAUCCACAUUCUUGGAUCAGCCCUACCAAACUGUGAGAUCAGAUACCUCUCUCUGGAAGGACUCAAAGAUUUAAAGAGACUUGGUAAAGAUGGCAUGAAGGAGAACCUGGACCCAUAGACUGAGAUUAUACGUUUGAAUUGAGAGAUACAACUUAUUUUCUGCCUGGGAAAUCUUUACAAAGUGCUAUCAUCCUGCAUGAGGACUAUAUGUCAUUCUCCCCAAGAGUCAAUUGGAAAAGUUGUUCUUGUGUGACUUUCAUGUUGUGAAGGACAUGGAGGGAGUGAUCAUCAUUCUUGGAUCGGCCCUAUCAAACUGUGAGAUAGCAUCAAGCAAAAUCUGGAUGAAGAAUAAGAGGAGAUAGCAUGAGCAAGAUUAAGGAAUUUAUCACUGAUUUUCUUCCUGGAGAACUUAGCAAUGUUUUGUCAUCUUGCAUGAUGACCAGUUUGGGUCUCUAAGGAUCAUGUUGAUAUUGAGCAAGUGAUUAAUGCUAUUUUUAUAUCAAGUCUUGUACUUGCAUGAACUUUGAAGGAGUCAGCCAAUACAAUGGACAUGACAUCUGUAAAGUUUGAAAGGGAAUGUAUGGGCACUUGUGCAUUUAAUGCACGGAUCUAUAGUAUCUUGACAUCUUGCUCUCUGAUAUUCUUGGAAGUGGAGAACUAGUUUAGAAGAAAAAAAAGCUUUAAAAUGUUGUAAAUCCAGAAAGGCAUAGCAACCUUGCAAUGCUGUUACCUUAGUGAAAGAUGGAAUGAGUAUUUGCAAGACUUUCAUCCUUUGUAAAGGUCUUUGUGGAAUAUUAGCAGUCAGCUACCCGAAUAGGAAAUAUGCUAUCCUAUGAAAUCUGUUUGUACUGUACUACUUUUAAAUGAAGAAUAGUGGGAAUGUGACUAAAAUUUCUGAAGAAUAGACAAUGAUUAAGGAGUCUUGUCAGUACAGAAAUAUGACAAGUUUCAGUCUGCCGUAGUUAAAAUAAACAUACUUUGAGUUUGUUGCUUAAUGCAUUGUUAACUCUUUACCUGUAAUAGUUCAACCAUUUUUUUUUUUUAAAGGAUAACAUAGAUCAUUAAUGAAAUUAAGGUGUUACUUGGGAAAGUUGGGAUAGUGCUAUAUAUAGGAGAUCAGGGCAAGUGAUUCUCUAAAAAUUGCAAUAAUCCUAUUCAUGUAAUAAGAAUCUGGAGCAUGACCUUCUUUGUUUUGUUAUUUUAUUAUUAUGUUAUUUCAAUGACUCUCUGACAAUGGGUACAUUAAUAAGUGGAAAGACUUGUCUGUGCCAUGUAAAUGCACAGGAAAAUCAAUGUUAUUGUCCAUGUGAAAUUGGUUUUAUACCCAACAACAAUUAUUCAAGCACUUGUGUAAUGUACGUAUAGACUUGAUUAAUGGCAUGUAUGUUUUGUAGUACAUGUACCGGUCCGGUAAUUAUGAAAGACUUCCCUUUGUGAAAUACCAUGGUAGUGUUUGGAUUUAUCAUAAUUUUUACUUUGUGAGAACAUUGAACAAACAACCUUGCCAUCAUGCUAGACUUGAA